AUGUCCAAGUUUGGCUGUCCAGAGAAAUUCAUCUUGAUGGUUCGUCAAUUUCACGAUGGCAUGUUGGCCAGAGUACUAGCUGAUGGUGAAUACUCCGAACCCUUCCCAGUCACAAAUGGUGUCAAACAGGGCUGCGUACUGGCUCCAACAUUGUUCAGCAUGGUUUUCACUGCCAUGUUAACUGAUGCUUAUCACGAUGGUGUAGAUGGUAUCAGUAUCAAAUAUAGAAUGGAUGGGAGCGUAUUCAACCUACGUAGACUGCAAGCUAUCACCAAGGUUAAGGAGACCAUCAUUCGUGACUUCCUGUUUGCUGAUGACUGCGCCCUCAACGCGUCUUCAGAAUCGGAGUUGCAGAUCAGCAUGAAUAAAUUUUCCGCAGCCUGUGACAACUUUGGUCUAACCAUCAGUACCAAGAAGACAGAGGUCAUGCAUCAGCCUUCUCCUCGUACACACUACACUGAGCCUACCAUACUGGUGAAUGGACAGCGUCUGCAGACAGUUGACAAAUUCACAUAUUUAGGGAGCACUCUUUCCAGAGCCGUGACUAUUGAUGCUGAGGUGAACAACCGGAUCGCCAAGGCCAGCUCCGCAUUUGGCAGGUUGCGCACAAACGUUUGGGAGCGUAGAGGGAUCACCGCUGCAACGAAACUGAAGGUCUACUCUGCCAUAGUAUUUCCAACUCUCCUUUUUGCAUGUGAAUCCUGGACUGUUUACCAGAGGCAUGCGAGACAGCUGAAUCACUACCACACAACCUGUCUCCGUCGGAUAUUGAGAAUCAAGUGGCAAGACAAGGUGCCAGACACAGAUGUCCUCUCUCGAUCCAACCAGCCAUCCAUCUACACCUUGCUGAUGAGAGCACAGAUCCGAUGGGCGGGCCACAUUGCUCGCAUGCCAGAUGAGCGGAUACCUAAGCAGCUGCUAUAUGGUGAGCUCUCCAACGGCAAAAGAUCAGUCGGAGGCCAGAAGAAGCGGUUCAAGGACACAUUAAAGACCUCACUGAAGUCCUUUAACAUCAACACCGCAACAUGGGAUAAACUUGCAGGGAACCGAUCAACCUGGCGCGAUCUCAUCUUUAAGGGCUGUCAAGCAUCAGAAGAAAGGCGGACUGUGGAUGCCAAACAGAAACGUGAGCUGCGGAAAUCAAGAGCAGCCAGUGCUUCAACAUCAGAUGCAUCUCUGGUUUGCCCUUCGUGUUCAAGAGCAUUCCGUGCCAAGAUUGGGCUCAUUAGCCACCUCAGAACUCACCGUACCCAAUCUUCUAGUACUUGA